AUGUCCGUGAAAGCCAUACACCUCGAACUUGUGAGUGACCUGUCAUCCGACGGUUUUCUCGCCGCGUUACGUAGAUUCGUUUCGAGACGCGGAAUACCAGAGCACAUUUACUCCGAUAACGGAACAAAUUUCGUAGGCGCGAAUAAUCAGCUCAAAGAAAUGUAUUUACUAUUUAACUCCGAGCAACAUAAGAAUCUCGUAAGCCAAUUUUCCAUUGAUCACCGCAUUAUUUGGCAUUUUAUACCACCUAUUGCUCCUCAUUUCGGUGGGUUAUGGGAGUCAUCGGUAAAACUCUUCAAGCAUCACUUUAAACGGGUGGUGGGAGAUUCGUUAUUUACAUUUGAAGAGUUGAAUACGUUCGUAGCCGAAGUCGAGGGUAUUCUCAAUUCUAGGCCGAUUGCAUCUCUCUCAUCCGAUCCGAACGACUUGCUGGCCUUAUCGCCCGCUCAUUAUCUUAUUGGGAAACCGCUAAACGCCCUCCCUGAGGGAGAUCUGUCGUCUGUUCCAGCCAAUCGAUUGUCUACUUGGCAGCACAUCACCAAGGUGAGACAAGACUUUUGGGCACGCUGGAACUUGGAGUAUUUAAACGAACUCCAAAUGCGCAAAAAAUGGACCAAGGAUGGAGUGGAGCUCAAAGUCGGAGCAGUCGUGCUCAUUAAAGACAAAAACCUACCUUGUGCGCAAUGGGCACUAGGCAGGAUAGCGGCACUGCAUCCAGGCGAAGACGGAGUCUCUCGAGUCGCUACCAUCAAAACGACGAAUGGAGACAUAAAGAGAGCGACGAAACUUCUCUGCCCUUUGCCAGUGGAGAAGUAG